AUGACCUUUAAGACGAAGAGUUAUUUAGACUCAUUAAUAGCAAAGUUCUAUGGAAAGCAAUCCAGUUUUAUAACGGCCAUAUUGAACAAUGACACAAGUUCUGCAAAAAAACUUGCUUUUGAACUUUACAAGGACCAUCCUGCAUAUCUUCUGUUCUUUUGCUGUAUUAACAGGGAUGAGAACAGGCAGAUCGUGUUGAAUUUACUGGGAAGAAGCAAACAAAUCGAUCCUCACUUGCUAUACUCACUGCUCAAUUCAAAAUCAUACACCUAUGAUGACCUCAAAGCAUUUAUAGGUAAUUUUAAAAGCGGCUCAUUUAUUGACCGCUGCAUUGAAAAGGCAGCCUUUUUAAAGAAGCACGAACCAUAUCGUGGUACUAAGCCAGAAAAUGGCUCAUUUGAUUCCGAUGGCAUAAGCUGUGAGCUAAAUAAGCUUCUGGACGGGAUUGACGAUUUUCAAUUGUAUAAGUUUGCCAUUGAGAACAGCAUCGAAAUCACGAAACGAAGCAGCUCUAACUACUUAUGGUAUAUGCUAAUAAAAGGAUGCAAUAUCGGAGAUACCUCAAAGGAGGCUGCUAAAGAGCUAAUCCUAAGAACGACAAGCUUUCAAGAGAUCAAAAGAAUACUAAGCUAUUACAGAGUUGAGGAGGUUGGCGAUGAUCGGUAUGACAUCAUCAUCAGGUACCUAAGCAACGGAUUUUCUACCGAUCUAUUACGGCAAGCCUUUGCUCUUCUCAGUAAGGAUCAAUCAUUUAUUACAGUCAAAAUCGUUCUUGCGCUUCUCAUUGCCUCCAAAAACGAAAAUCUUGUUGUCCUUGCACUAUAUUUAUCACAAAAGUACCAUUUUGAGACAAAUUAUGAAAUCGCACUGGUUAACCUGCAUUUAUGUAGAUAUUUUCUGCUGUUAAAACAGUUGCUGUAA